AUGCAUAUCAUAUCACCUUUCAGUUCAUUAUGCCGGCUUAUGUCAAUUCAACCUUUUGGGAGUCCAGAAAUUCUCCGUUUCCAACUUCACAUGAAACUGCGAGAACUAAAAGCAGAUGACAAGCAAAUAACAGCCGAAGGCGGUGUCGACGCGUUGAGCACAAUUGACUUACAACAAGCCUGUAGAGCGAGAGGAAUGAGGGCGGCUGGACUGAGUGAAGAACGACUUCGAGAUCAAUUGAAACAGUGGCUGGAACUCUCGCUUAGCGACAAAGUACCACCAUCUCUGCUCCUGUUAUCCAGGACAUUGUAUCUACCAGAGGAUAUCUCCUUCACCGACAGGCUGAAAUCGCUCGUUCAAAACCUACCCGAAAAUGUUGCUGAAAGUACACGGCAAAAGUUGACCGAGUUGGAAGGUGGACAAGUCGGUUACAAGGAAAGACUGGAUCUUAUCAGGCAAAUAGAAGAAGCCAUAGCAAAGGAGAAAGCAAUGGAAGAAGCAAAGAAGCGCGAAGAAGAGAAACAAAGAAUUCUUAUGGAAGAAGCCGAGAAAGAGAAAGCGAGUGUUGGUGUAGCUCCGGCGGCAGUCAUAGCUUCUUCAAAGGAAACUUCUGAGAAGCUCGCCAAAGCUACUAGUGCUGCAGACGAAGCGCUGGAUGCUAUGAAGGUUUGUGCCAAUUUCGUUAUCAUUCCCGGAAGUCCACGCUGUAACCAAUUAGUGAAGUACCAGUUGAAACAGUGGCUGGAACUCUCGCUUAGCGACAAAGUACCACCAUCUCUGCUCCUGUUAUCCAGGACAUUGUAUCUACCAGAGGAUAUCUCCUUCACCGACAGGCUGAAAUCGCUCGUUCAAAACCUACCCGAAAAUGUUGCUGAAAGUACACGGCAAAAGUUGACCGAGUUGGAAGGUGGACAAGUCGGUUACAAGGAAAGACUGGAUCUUAUCAGGCAAAUAGAAGAAGCCAUAGCAAAGGAGAAAGCAAUGGAAGAAGCAAAGAAGCGCGAAGAAGAGAAACAAAGAAUUCUUAUGGAAGAAGCCGAGAAAGAGAAAGCGAGUGUUGGUGUAGCUCCGGCGGCAGUCAUAGCUUCUUCAAAGGAAACUUCUGAGAAGCUCGCCAAAGCUACUAGUGCUGCAGACGAAGCGCUGGAUGCUAUGAAGGUUUGUGCCAAUUUCGUUAUCAUUCCCGGAAGUCCACGCUGUAACCAAUUAGUGAAGUACCAGGUUAACUGA